AUGACCGGAGGAGGACGCGGAAAUGUGUCGAACUACUUCUGCUUCGAUCUGGACCACAGCUUCUUUGGCGCCAAUGACUCGCUGGAGCUGGUCUUUGAUAUCUUCGGCCACUACACCUCGGACCUCUACUCGGGCGUCUUCACCCCCAGCCUGCCCAACUACCACCUGCUCAGUGGCAACAAUGCAGGGAAUGGACACUCGCAGACAAUGAAGUCCCUGCUGGAGCGGGGCGCCGGCAGCGAUCUGAAGUUGGUGGUGAUGAAGAAGAAGAAGCAGCAGGAGCAGCAGCAGCAGGAUCAGCAGCAGCCAGGCACUGCUAACGACGACGACGACGCCGACGACAACAGCGUGACCACCUUCAACGUGCACCAGCUGUACCUGACGGCCCACUCGGUGGUCUUUGAGGCGAUGCUACUGCGCAACGGGAACACCCGCGAGGCCCAGGAGCGGCGGGUGGUCAUUCGCGACCUGUCGGCGAAGACGGUCCACUCGCUGCUGCUCUUCAUCUACACCGGUGCGCUGGCCGCCGAGGAGGACUUUACGCUGGAGCUGCUCUCUGCCGCCGACAAGUACGAAGUGACCGCCCUGAAGGUCGCCUGCGAGCAGCAGCUCUCCCUCCAGCUGACCACCGACUCGGUGUUCGCCCACCUGGUGCACGCCGACCGCCACAAUGCGCCCACGCUGAAGGAGAACUGCCUGAA